GUGACCCCGCAAACGGCGGCGGAGGACGGACAACGGCAUGGGCCGGGCUGGGCCGCGCAAGCGCCCGCAGCGCUUCCGAGCGGCCGCGGCGGAGACUUCCGGGCGGCGGCAGUUUGGUUUUCACUCACAGCAUGAAUGAGUUCCGCAUCCACCACGAUGUCAACGAGCUGCUCAGCCUGCUGCGUGUGCAUGGUGGUGAGGGGGCUGAGGUGUACAUUGACCUGUUGCAGAAGAACCGCACGCCCUAUGUCACCACCUCUGUGUCUGCACACAGCGCUAAGGUAAAAAUAGCAGAGUUUUCUAGAACUCCUGAAGAUUUUUUAAAGAAAUAUGAUGAGCUGAAGUCUAAAAAUACCAGACAUCUAGAUUCUUUGGUGUACCUACUGUCAAAGCUCACAGAAGACAAAGAGACACUCCAGUAUUUGCAACAAAAUGCCAAAGAAAGAGCGGAACUCACAGCAAACGUGGCAGCUGGUGGCAGCACAAAUUUCUCCAUUCCCUCAUCUACGUCCAAGAUCUCUCUGCAGGAACUUGAGGAGUUGCGCAAGCAGCUUGGCUCUGUCACAGCCAACUCCAGCGCACAGCAGCCUCUUGAGCUUACACGAAAAAUGCUCCGAGAUAAGCAAAAUAAGAAGAAUUCAGGUCAGCCUGUUCCAGUGUUUCCAUCCUGGGUGUACGAGAGGCCUGCGCUUAUUGGGGAUUUCUUAAUUGGCACUGCUCUAAGCACUGACGUAACGGUACCUAUAGGUACUCUGCCAUUAGCAUCCCAAGAAUCCAUGAUUGUGGAGGACCUGCUGUAUGUUUUGAUUGGUGUGGAUGGAAGAUACAUCACAGCACAGCCUAUUGUUGGCAGGCAGAACCGAGCAUUUUUAGUCGAUCCAAAUUUGGAUUUGUCCAUCAAAGAGCUGGUGACCAGGAUUCUUCCUGUAGCAGCAAGUUACUCUGCUGUCACCAGGUUUAUAGAGGAGAAGUGUUCCUUUGAGUAUGGACAGGUAAAUCAUGCGCUGGCUGCUGCUAUGCGGACUCUGAUCAAGGAAUACAUGAUACUAAUUACCCAGCUGGAACAUCUUCAGAGACAGGGACUUCUCUCGCUGCAGAAACUCUGGUUUUAUAUCCAGCCCACAAUGAGGACCCUAGAGAUUCUUUCUUCACUUGCUACUUCUGUGGAUAAGGGUGAGUGUAUGGGAGGGUCAACCCUGAGCUUACUCCACGAUAAGACUUUCAACUACACAGGAGACAGCCAGGCCCAGGAGCUGUGUCUGUAUCUAACCAAGGCAGCCAGUGUGCCCUAUUUUGAAAUUCUGGAAAAGUGGAUAUAUCGAGGCAUCAUUAAUGACCCAUACAGUGAAUUCAUGGUGGAGGAACAUGAAUUGCAGAAAGAGAAGAUUCAGGAGGACUAUAACGACAAGUAUUGGGAUCAAAGAUACACUGUUGUUCAGCAGCAGAUUCCCUCCUUCUUGCAGAAAAUGGCUGACAAAAUACUAAGCACGGGGAAAUAUUUGAAUGUUGUGCGAGAAUGUGGACGGGAUGUUACCUGCCCUGUGGCUAAAGAGGUCAUCUAUACUUUAAAAGAGCGAGCGUAUGUGGAACAAAUAGAAAAAGCAUAUAACUAUGCUAGCAAAGUUCUCCUGGAUUUCCUAAUGGAGGAGAAAGAGCUUGUGGCUCACCUAAGAUCUAUAAAACAUUAUUUCCUGAUGGAUCAAGGGGACUUUUUUGUUCACUUCAUGGAUCUCACAGAAGAGGAACUUAAGAAGCCUGUGGAUGACAUCAUAACUACUAGGCUAGAAGCAUUGCUUGAGUUGGCCUUGCGAAUGAGCACAGCCAACACAGAUCCUUUCAAGGAUGAUUUAAAGAUUGACUUGAUGCCCCAUGAUCUCAUUACGCAGCUCUUGAGAGUAUUGGCCAUAGAAACAAAGCAGGAAAAGGCCAUUAUUGGUGCAGAUCCCACAGAGCUUACUCUCAGUGGUCUGGAAGCAUUUUCCUUUGACUACAUUGUUAAGUGGCCUCUAUCCCUAAUUAUAAACAGGAAAGCACUGACAAGAUACCAGAUGCUUUUCAGACACAUGUUCUAUUGCAAACAUGUGGAAAGGCAGUUGUGCAACGUUUGGAUCAGCAAUAAGACAGCCAAGCAGUUCUCCCUACAUUCAGCUAAAUGGUUUGCUGGUGCUUUCACAUUGCGGCAGCGAAUGCUGAAUUUUGUGCAGAAUAUCCAGUAUUACAUGAUGUUUGAAGUGAUGGAGCCAACAUGGCACAUUCUCGAGAAGAAUUUGAAAUUGGCUUCUAAUAUUGAUGAUGUUCUGAGCCACCACACAAGCUUUUUGGACAACUGCCUGAAGGACUGCAUGCUCACCAACCCUGAGCUGCUGAAGAUCUUCUCCAAACUGAUGUCUGUGUGUGUCAUGUUCACAAACUGCAUGCAGAGGUUCACCCAGAGCAUGAAGUUGGAUAGCGAGAUGGACCGGCUCAGCCUAGAACAUGGCACAAUGCUGGGCCCACCUACAGAGGAAGAGCGUGCUGAAGAGACUGCAAAGAAGAAGCUGACUAACAAGCUUUUAGCAGAGCAUGCUGAUAACCUCCAUCUGACAUCUGGCUUUGAAGCAACCAUCAACAAGUUUGAUACUAAUUUCUCAACGCAUCUGCUGGAUCUGUUGGACCGGCUAAGUGUUUACAGCACCAAUGACUGUGAGCACAGCAUGCUUAACAUCAUCUACAGGUUGGACUUCAAUGGGUUCUACACGGAACGCCUGGAGCACAUGUCUGCGGAGCGGAGCCAAAGGGCAGCCCCACCACCCCCCCGUGCUGCCGUGCCAACCCCAUGAAAGAGAUAGAGGAGCAGUGGAACCUCUGAAAUAAGUGUGAUGGAUCUGCGCUUCUGAGAGGCUUUUGCGAAGUCUUGUUUUUUUUUCUUUUUUUUUUUUUUUUGACUAGAUUGUAAAAUGAUGUCUUUAUGUGUUGUAAAAUAAAAGUUA